GCAAAGCUUCGGCCUUAGUUGCUCUUUCUAAGCUCUCCAAGUUUCCACUUUCCUUCCAUCGUUACUGAAACCAACUAAGACCCUUCACUACCAUUCUCAGAAAACCAUUGUUCUUGCCUUCAGCCAAGCAGACCCUGAAUUUAAUCUUCCCCCUCUUCUUCUGGUUUCUUUCUUCUUUUUGUUUGUGAAAAAAUGGAUUGGAGUAGCAUUUUGGGCAAAUGCUUUGAUUAUCCAGUCGGGUACAUUAAAGAACAUUCAGAUUACGUGCUUAGCUACGAAAGCAACGUCGACAAUCUCCUGAAACAGGUUAGGAACCUGACAAAUGCAAGGGAGAGAGUGCAACAUGAUGUGGACGCAGCCGUCCGAAAUGCUGAAGAAAUCCAAAGCCAUGUCAGCAAAUGGCUGGAUGACGUUGAUGACAUCAUUGAAAAGGUCAAGCACUUGUUGCCCGAUGAAGACAUACCGAAGAACAAGUGCUUUUUUGGCUGGUGUCCGAAUCCCAAGUCCCGGUACAGCCUCGGCAAGAAAGCAGUGAGGGAAGCAAAGACUGUCAAUGAACUCCUGCAACAAGGAAACGGAUUCAGUAGAGUUUCCUAUCGUGUUAUUCCGGUCGAGAUUCAGGCGCCGCCACCCAGAAGAAGUUACAGGGCUUUUGAAUCGAGAAUGUUGACUCUGAAUGCAAUUAUGAAUGCACUGACAGAUGCUACUGUGGAGAUUGUUGGAGUUUAUGGCGUCCCUGGCGUAGGUAAGAGUACAUUAGUCAAAGAUGUGGCCAGAAAAGCCAAGGAAGAGAAGUUCAAUGCGGUAGUUAUGGCGGUUGUGGCUGGGAUGCCAGAGCUGAGGAAGAUUCAAGGCCAGAUUGCAGAUUAUCUGGGGCUCAAAUUUGAUGACGAGACUGAAACCGGAAGAGCAAGCAGGCUGCGCCUGAGGGUGAAGAAGGAGGAGAGAAUUCUUGUCAUUUUGGAUGAUAUUCAGACAACCUUUGAUCUUGAGGAAGUGGGGAUUCCAGUUGGGAAUGAUCACAGGGGAUGCAAGGUAGUUCUGACCUCUAGAAACAUCAGCAUUCUGAAUCAGAUGGAUGCUCAGAAGAAUUUUGAAGUGAAGAGUUUACCAGAAGACGAAGCAUGGGAUUUAUUCAAGCAGAUGGCAGGGGAAGCUCUUGAAAGUCCCCAGUUGCAGUCAGUAGCUGCUGAUUUGUGCAGGCAGUGUGGGGGGCUGCCAAUUGCCAUAGUAAACGUUGCAAGAGCCAUGAGAAAUAAGGAUCCUUCUGAAUGGGAAAAUGCCUUGACAGAACUCAAAAGCCCUUCCCCGGGCAGGCCCUUCGAUGCAUCCUCAGCUGUAGAGUUCAGCUACAAUCGUCUAGGCUCAGAUGAGCUUAAAUCAGCCUUCUUGCUUUGUGGUCUCAUGCCUCCGGAUGCUUCGGUUUUGGAUUUGCUGAAGUAUGGUAUGGGAUUGGGUUUAUUCCGAGGCACCAAUACCCUUGAAGAAGCGCGACAGAGAUGGAAUGCGUUGCUGGAUAGCCUCAAAUCCUUCUGUUUGCUGCUUGACAGUCAUAUCAGUACUGGUGAUUUCACAAUGCAUGAUAUUGUUCGCAAUGUUGCUGCUUCAAUUGCAUCCAGAGACCAACAUGUGCUUUCUGUGAGGAAUCAGGAUGGAGUUAGAGGAUGGCCUGAUGCAGGCACCCUUAGAAAAUGCACUGGUAUCUCUCUAUUUACUGAUGAUCUUAUUAAGCUUCCUCCAGAUCUAGAAUAUCCAAAACUUAAAUUUUUUCAAGUCUACAACAAGGAUCCUUCUUUGAAGGUUCCAGACAAUUUUUUUGAGAGGAAGAGAGCAUUAGAAGUUUUAGAUUGGAUUGGAAUGCAGUUUCUAUCAUUGCCUUCAUCAUUUAGUCUCUUGGGAAACCUUCGAACAUUGUCUUUGGAGUCAUGCAUGUUGAGGGAUGUAGCUAUGCCUUUUAUUAGAGAGCUGAAGCAACUAGAAAUCCUUAGCUUAUACAAAUCUGUCAUAGAACAGCUGCCUGAAGAAAUAGGACAACUAGCUCGGCUAAAGCUGUUGAAUUUGCUAGAUUGUUCCAAGCUGAAAGUGAUUCCAAAGGAUGUGAUUUCGAACUUAGGUCAGCUAGAAGAACUGUAUGUGGGAAACAGCUUUUAUCAAUGGGAGGCUGAGACUGGUAGACAGGACAGGCAAAGAACAGGCAAUGCUAGCCUUGCUGAGUUGAAGCACUUGCCUAAUCUGACUGCCUUGCACUUGCAUAUUCCUGAUUCUCAGAUUAUGCCAAAGGACUUGUCCUUUGAGAAGUUGAAAAGACAUAAGAUCUCCAUAGGAGACAUAUGGGAUUGGUCUGGUAAGAAAGAAACCUCAACAACAUUGAAGCUCAAACUCCAUGAGGAUAUUCAUCUGAAUCAUGGAAUCAAACAGCUUUUGGUGAAAACUGAAGAUCUGUAUUUGGAUGAACUGAAAGGUGUUAAGAAUGUAUUGUAUGAAUUAGAUGGGCAAGGUUUUCAAAACUUAAAGCAUCUCCAUGUUCAAAAUAGUAUGGAGAUUCAAUACAUCAUUAACUCAAACGAAGUGGAAGGUGUUCCUCAAACUGCCUUUCCAGUGUUGGAGUCACUGUCUCUUCAGAGUUUGUCUAACUUGGAGAAGAUAUCUCCUAGCCAACUUAAGGUAGGGUCUUUCACGGAAUUGAGGAUCAUAAAAGUGAAAGGCUGUGAGAAACUGAAGAAUUUAUUCUCACUCUCCAUAGCCAGAGUCCUUUCCCAACUUCAAGAAAUUGAAGUGGCUGAUUGCAAGAGAAUGGUAGAGAUUAUCAACAAGGGAAGAGGGAAUGAUGAUAUUGAUGAUAAUGGAGCAAGAGAUGAAGUUGAGUUCUCGCACUUACAUUCAUUGACUCUGCAAUAUCUACCAGAGCUUGUUAGCUUCUGCACAGAAGAUGGUUUGGCUUCUACAUCUCACUGGAUGGUGUCUAACAAGAGCUUUUCAGGAGAAGAACUCAGUACCUCCAGGGCACUUUUCAACCAAAAGGUCAUGUUGCCCAACUUGGAGAAGUUGAAUCUUUCUUCCAUUAAAACCACAAAGAUAUGGAAAGAGCUUUCAGCAAUGGCUGUGAGCAUCCAGAAUUUAACAAGCAUAACAGUUGAGAGGUGUGAAAGGUUGAAAUAUUUGUUGCCAUCCUCUGCAGUAAGCAGUCUGGUGCAACUCAGACAAUUGAGCAUAAGCAAAUGCAGGGUUAUGGAAGAGAUCAUAUUCAUGGAAGAAGUUCCAAGGGAGGAGAGAAUGGAUAUAAUUUUGUUCCCUAACCUGUAUUCCCUCAAGAUAAAAGACGUUCAGAAUCUCACUAGAUUUUGCUCUGGAAAUCAUGUUGAGUUUCCUUCAUUGAAGCUAUUACAGAUUGAGAAUUGUCCUAAAUUAGAGACAUUUGUCCACAAAUCUUUGAGGAAAGACAUGAUAAAGAAAGGAGAAUAUCAGAUUCCUGGUGGCAUUCAACCUCUCUUCGAUGAAAAGGUUUCAUUUCCCAGCUUGGAGUCGGUGAAAAUCUCCAACUUGAAAAGCCUGAAAAUGUUAUGGAAUAAUCAACUAGCAGCAGGUUCCUUCUCUGAACUAAAAGAUCUGGAAGUUGAAUCCUGUGCUGAUCUAAGGACAAUUUUUCCAUCUAAUAUGUUGAGGAGAUUUUUGAAAUUGGAAACAUUGACUCUGAGUAAGUGUGAUUCAGUACAAGUGGUCUUUGAGUUCCGAGGUCUAAAUGUUGAGGGAACCUAUCCUGCAGGCUCUCAGUUAAGGAAACUGUAUUUACUCAGCCUACCACAACUCAAGCAUAUUUGGAAGAAAGAUUCCAGUGGAAUUCUCACAUUCUAUGAUAUAAAUAUCAUUGAUGUAUAUGAAUGUGGUAGCCUGAAAAAUCUGUUUCCAACAUCAGUUGCCAGAGGUCUUCUGGAACUUGAAAGGCUUGUGAUAGACUCGUGUGGACUGGAAGAAAUUGUCGAACAGGAAAAAGGACUAGAAGCUGAUGUUAACUUUGUGUUUCCUAAAGUAUCCUUCCUGCAAUUCUGGAAUCUACCGAAACUCAGAAGUUUCUAUCCAGGAGUGCAUUCUGUAGAAUGGCCAGCGUUGAGAAAAUUGAAGGCAUAUCAUUGUGGCGAAACAAAAAUAUUCACCUCAAAAUCUUCCAUUCCUGGGGAGAAACAGAUUCUAGGAUCUCUCUUCCUAGUUGAAAAGGUCAUGCCAAACUUGGAGGAAGUAUCACUAAAUAGUGAUGAUAUUGAGAUGAUACGUUCCCUCCAUUAUUCAGCAAACUUCUUCAGCAAAACUAAAGUUGUCCAGGUGCACUGCUAUCAUAAUGAAUCUGACAGUUUCCCCUUUGAUUUCCUCCAAAACUUCUACAAUCUAGAAAGGCUUGAAAUUGGUUGUAGCUUAUUCAAAGAGCUGUUCUCAUAUGGAGGGUAUGAAGAGAAACUUGCCACGGCACUCUCAGGAAUUAAGAGCUUAAAGCUCAUUGCCCUCCCCAAUGUAGUGCAUGUUUGGCCUCAAGGCUCAAAUAUGGACUCAGUUUUUCCAAGAAUUGAAGGCCUAGAAGUAUGGGAAUGCAAUGGUUUGACCAAUUUGGCACCAUCAUCAGCAUCUUUCCAUACAUUGACAACUUUGGAUAUAUGUAAAUGCAAAGGGAUGAUGAAUAUAGUCACAUCUUCCACUGCCAAAAGUCUGGUGCAGCUCAUAAAAAUGAGCAUUAGAGAAUGCAGCACUGUGACGGAGAUAGUUGAAGAUGAAGAAGAGGAAGAAGAAGAGAGAAAAGAAGAAAUUGUUCUUAGCAGUUUGAAAUGCUUAGAACUACAUGAUUUGCCAAGCCUUGAAAUGUUCUGCUCAGGGAAUUGUAACUGUCCAUGUCUGGAAGAUGUGACUGUGACUCAAUGCCCCAAGUUUUGGGUAUUCUCUUUGGGAGUGUUAAGCACACCAAAUCUGCAGAAAGUAUGGCUGACAGAAGCAAAGGAUCAAAGUCUUUGGAAAGGAGACCUUAAUGCCACCUUAUACUUUCAUUCAGAUUACCCUAAAUUGGUAUAAGUCAGAUGAAGCAAAAAUCUGGAGGAUUCCCACUUUUUCUUCUAAGAAAUUUUACCCCUUUCAUCCAUUCUUCCAUAUUCAACAGUUCAUCGUUCUUUCCUGGAUGUAAUGACCAGAUUAUUUUGUAAGAACCAAGUUAAGUUGGCUUCUAUGGUUUGAUCAACUUUAUUUCAUGUAUAUGAGAAUAUUGUUCUCCUUUUUUUUUUUUCUCCCUUCAGGAAUUACAUCUCAUUUAUGAGAAGACUGAGUUUGUUUGGAUCAUAAUCAAAGAAAACCCAGAAC